ACGAAGAGGGUGGCCCACAGCCCCUUUAACGUUGGUUUCGCUGCAUUGCAUUAACGCUGAUCCUCCGUAUCCUGCUGCUACAGAUCAGCGCUGGUGGCAAGUGUCGAGUGGCUGUGCAGCGGCCUCAUUUAAUCUGCGCUUUCUUAAACUGCGUCCCUGCGGGCCGCAUGUAGAACUGGCGGUGGCCAGUCGUGUGAGGAUCCGCAAGACUGCGACAACGGUGCAGCAAUGACAAGCCCAGCCGAGGUGGCAUCGGAGGAGCGCCUGUCGACCCCCAACCGUAGCCCGCCGCGCCGCCCACCGGUCACGCAGCUAGAAUUCAGACAGGCAAUGCGCGACUUCCGGAGCAUGUUUCCCGAGAUGGAGGCAGUAGUGAUUGAGGCGGUGCUUCGUGCCAAUGGAGGGGCCGUGGAUGCCAGCAUAGACCAACUGCUCGCCAUGGCCACCGACAAUGACAACGAGCGGCUGCGCACGGAACUGGAGGCCACGGAGAACGCCGAGGCCCCCCCACAUUACUCGCCACCUCCGGCUGCACCCACGCCUCCCCCUUCCUACCAGCAGGCCACCUGCACACCCACGGCCAAUCGGGGCACCCAGGAGGAGGCUCGUGCCUGGAAACCACCCCUGCUGGGCCCUCUGCCACCGGGGUUUCUGCGCAUCGGCCGUCCACACCACCGACCUAGCAGCAGUCCCCCCCAGUCACAGGCAGUGACCACGGGAGAGCUCAGUACGGCCAUGUUGCAGCAGCGCAUGGCCGAGAAUGUGCGGCAACAGCGCCGCCUCUCCUCGGGCGCAGCAGAGGCCGAUGCACAGCUUCUGGAGGAUGAGCGCAUGGCCAUUCUGCUGCAGAACCAGGAGUUUGUGCGACAGCUGCAGAGCAACCAAGACUUCAUCCGCACGCUCAACCAAGACAUCCAGAGUCAGGAGAUGGAGCGCAGUGCUGGAUUGGUCCCUGAUGACGGGCGUCCUGCUGACGCCAGUGAAGAUGAACCCUGGGGAACCCUUCCACACACAGAGGAGACAGACGCAGCCUUUCGGGAGCGACUGAAGAACAUGGGCAAAGCAUCAAGACGGAAGUUUGCUCAACUGGCUCGAUUAUUUCAUCGGACAAAGAAAUGCCACUUCCGUCAGAUGCUGGGCGAUGCAGCCAAUCCGUCACGUGACAAUCUGCUGCUACACGAGGACCCUGGCUCAUCCGAAGAGGACGCUGAAGCACGACUCCAACAAGAGCAGCACAGACAGGUGCAGCCAACCAAGGGUUGUCCUGGAACCUCUCCAGUGAGUGGGGACAGCCGGUGACUGUCCCUACGAAAGUUCAACUGUGAUGCCCCACGCUGUACUUUGCCCCGUCAGCAUGGCUUGCACCAGCAUCUCCCGUCUGCAGCAGCCACAAGAGGAAGCGAUGUUGGUUAGCUAAGUUAAUAAGGCUACACUGAUGGGCGAAGGAAAUGCGCUCGCAGUGUUCCAUUUCUUCAUCCUCAUCUGUUGUGCUGCCCUUAACUUAUUUGUAUACUGCACGAGCAACAACACGCUGCAGGAAUUAGCCACGACAUGAAUUCAGUGCAAACCGCUGAGGUGUGGUAAGAAGAUGGGUGCAUGAUGAAUGCUAAGAAACACAAGCACAUGCACCAACACCUGCAUUUUGGCAUCUAGCCUCACACCUAUUUUCCUGCCACACCUGUUUUCAUUUACGUGAUUUACGUUGAUCACCUCGCCAAGAUUCAGAGAAGGCAGCAAGCUGGUCUUCAUUGGAGAUACUUUUAGAGCAGAGCAGGCAAGGAUUGAGGAACAGCACUGGUGAGAGCUUCUUUCGAUCUUGCUUUGUUUAAGUUUUCCACAAUGCUGUCUAAAGGGUGCUGUCUAAAGGGUGUUUUAAAACAUGACUGAGGAAGUGCAGCUUCUUUUUUUUACAUAUAUAUGUCCCCAUAAAAAUUUUGCUUCUGUCUUAGUGCAUUAUGCAUUUCAGCUUGCCCCCCUCGAAUUGAAACAUAAAGAAGACAUAGCUGUGUGAGUGCUAUACUUUCAUGUAACCUGUGCAAAGUGAGGCAUUCAUAAUCCACAUAAAAUAUAAUGUACACCACUAUGUUUGGUUAUCACACGUUCAAAACAUGGCAGCCAUGAUGUGUCUGCAGUGUCUACCAACGUUUAUAGAUACUUUUUCAGUUUCCGAACUACCCGCUUCCGAAGGCCUGCGGGGAGCAGGCAGCCGGCUGCAGUUCCCGCCACCGCGGCGCUGCAGUCCAACUUUGUGCCAACUAAACGAGGGUCGUCUGCUACAGCUAGGUGCGGUGUGCAGCGUUUAUCCGACGAUUUCAGGUUAAGAAAGAGCCCUGCCGCGCAACUUCUCGUUUUAGGCACGAGGAGUACAACUUCGGGCCUAGAUACCCGAGCUAUGUCUUUCCGGGACCUCGGUAAAAACAGUAGUUCGUGUUAGUUACACGUGCACUCGUAGAUUAAAUAGCCGUAUACUGCCCUGUAAUUUCUCGUUAUUUCAGACACUAGAAGCAAAAUUCGGAGUUCAGCUGUAUGAGCUACAUCUUAAAAGCCUCGGUAAAUGCCACGACUCAUCCUGUUUUCUGCUAAUAGUUAUUUAAAAGCUGGUUUCGCGAGUCGUAGCAUUCGGAUCUUCGACGCUCUGCACAUUAGCUCAGCGUGCACUGCCCUAAAGCAAGUUGAAACUGAGCCCUUGCUGUAAGGUACGACCCUCGUUGAAAAUCCCAUUGAAACAACAUUAUUUUUCUUUUCAGGUGACAUAAACCAGUGGACUUUCUUUUUUUCAAGUAUUCAGAUUUCUAGAUGUCUGUCAGUGGAUAACAUUUAGAAUCGUUCAAGCAAAAAAUGCAAAUAUUGCAAAUUUUUUUCGUUAUUCCUUGCUGUUUCAUAUUGUUUCCCUUAUGUAUAUCCUCACUCCCCUCUGUAAUGCCCUUGGGCCCUGAGGGUACAAUAAAUAAAUAAAGACAUAGGAAAACAAAUUUAUUGACACAAGAACACUUGCCACGAUCAUACACUAUUUCACUAAGAUAUCGCGUUUAGCUUACGAAAUGGAAAAUGCAUGUGUAAUGCAUACUUUUCACGAGCAUUCGAAUUUCACACAAGUUUAGCUUUUUUUCUUUCCCUCUGCGCUUUGAUAGCACUGUCGUUGUCUUGGCACUUUUGUCUUGCAAAAAAAUGCAUCCGGGUUACAAUGUAUACGUGAAUCAACUCUGCAGUAAAUUCACUGUAGUGUUGUUUGCAACCAACAAAGCCUUUCUGGGUAAGUUCAUCUAAGACUCUCCAAAAGAGGUCACCAAAGGAAUCAUUCUUCGAUUCCUGGCUGACGAUGUGCUCCACACUGCUAACACAUUCGAAAAGGUUCUUGGAGGGGUAAACAAGGCUGCCUCUCACAUAAUCUCUCUCCAACACCAACAGGGCUUCAGAAGGAAGUGAAUCUUGCACACCUACUGCUUCUUUCUUACAUUCAGUGCAAUGUGUGGCUUUGAGGACUUUGCGAACUACAUGGCCAGCUAAAUAGUACAGUGCUCUCUUUGCUGGUAGAGGGACGCUGUAGACAUGGUCUUCAGGUCUGUUGCUGCACUCCCUUAGGGGUAUGGACGUCAAACGCCUCCACACCUCUUCCUCGAGGCUUUUCUUUUUCUGCAGGGCUUCGCGGCGUUUUUCCCCCGAGACUCUCAAACGUGCUCAUCUGUGCCUGCCUGGCCAGCUUUGCAGUUUCCUGUGGUGUUUGAUGGGAGUGUGAGAAAAGGCGGAACAGCAGCUGACUACAUUUGGCCACGGUGGGGUGAUCUUCGUCGCCUCCAAAGGACGAGGCCAAAAAAACGCUGCAAGAAUCAAAACACAUUCCUAAUGAAUUUUGCGACAAAUAGCAUGGCAAGCUCUUGCUUUACCUCAAGUGGGUCCUGGUUGAGGCUUGCAGUAAGGACGUAGUUCACACCCUGGCCCAGCAAAGUCAGUAAGUGACAAAACAGACAUCAGUGUCACGCGCAAAGACUCCAUGGUUUGCCUUGAUGCAAAUAGCUUCACAUUGCCUCCGCUUGAUUCAUCAUUUCCAGGAAACACUCGAGAAACUGCAAAGAACAUCACGAUGAAAGUGGCAAGUGCAUUCGUAGCAAGGAACACACAAGCAAAAGCAGAAACAUAUUAUGCCACAGGUAUGCGUAUUGCAGGCUAGCGUGGUGAAAAAUAACACUUUUAGAACCAGUAGUAUAGCAGAAACCCAGUUAUUACAAGCCCGCUUCGCCAUAAAGUGACGGAAGCAAUGUAUUUUUCAGUAAACAGUGAAUUUACGUGCACAGCAUACCUUUAUCUUUCGAGAGCCUUUUCUUAUUCCAGCUGCAGGAAUUUUGCAAUUCAGAAUGUCAAAAAGGUCAUUCAAAAGCAAUGUGAACUCCUGUGUUCCAGCACUGUCGGUGAAUCCUGGUGGUACACCUUCAAGCCGAUUGAAACACUGCGGCUGAAAAGCUGCAAGAAAAUAACAACAUUGCCAGAAUAUUAAUUAUAAAAGGUACAAAAGCUUAAAAUGCUUUAGCAGCCCAUUCAUAGCAAAAAAAACAGGGUUUUUGCACAUGUGAUAUUUAUGCAACGUUAAGAUAAUUGCUCGACUUAGCAAGGUGUCAAAGCGUCUGUAGUAGGGCACCAAAGUGAACAGAGGCAGCCAGUGAGCUGUUACGACACCUGGGUGGCUAGGCGGACACACAUUGUCUGAAGCUUCUGUGGCUUAACACGAUAUUCAGUUAGCUUUGGCACAACUUUGAUGGCUGCUUUCUUCUCGGCCUCGAAAAGCCGGUCAUAAUGCUGGUAAUUUGCUUGGUGGUCUCCUAGCUGUAAUAGAAGAAUGGCAUAUAAAGUGAUUGCAUUACUUAUCCGUAACCUAAAACUAUGACUGCUGUGUCAGUAACAGUGAGGUUUACUCACCUGUCCAAGUUUGUGUUUCAUCAUAUGGUUCCUAAUACACUUGAUUAUGUGAGGCACAUCACAUAUGAAGUGAAGGAAUGUGCCUUGUGGAAGGCAUGGGUGUGCCAUUUUGCAUUCCCAGAUGAGUCCACAUUGACUUGUUGUUUCUGGCACCAUCACUGAUCACUGCCAGAACUUUGGCCCCAUGUUCAUGCAAUUGUAGCACAGAGUUUAUCACAACUUUAGCUAAAACCCACCCGGGUGCUGCUCCUUUCGCAGCGAAAGUAGCGAUAGGCUGCACCCACGAUGCAAACGUUGGGUUGAACAUGACCACUAAAACAUGGUCCGCAAGCAUGUUGCGGUCUACUUGACAAAGAUCACCAUAAUCAACAAAUCCAUCAAACUUGUAGGCAGCUCGAUUAUAUUCAGUUCCUUCACACAACUUGAUCUCAUCAAUAAUCAAACAACCAUACGUGUGGUGGUCCGGCUUCCCAGCCAUAUGAUUCCUAAUGCUUUCAAGAGCAAACUUAUUUAGGCCAUAGUCACAUGGAAGGCCCCUCAAGAGCUGGACAAGACGACUUGGACUAGGAAGAGGGAGGACCUUCAUUUCCAAUAGCUUCCUGUAACACUUCGGGCUUGUGAGCCUCAGCAGCAAACAAA